CCAAAUCUAUAAAACCGGGUGUACGGAACCGUGAGGUGCACAGUUGAAGUUUUGCGAUCGAACACGAAAUGCAGCGGCUGGGUUGCUGGUUGGUGGUUCUCGGAACCGUGCUGUCGAUCUGCCACGGUACCUAUGUACCUAUAACGCAAGCCAAGGUGGACGGAUUGCCGGUCAAAUAUGCUGAUAAAGAGUUUCUAGUGAAGCAAAAGUUCUUCUUCGAGAUUUUGCGCCAUCUGCAUCAACCGAUCGCGUUCGAAGAGUACCUUCCGUACACGGCACGGUGGGUUACGGAUCCGAGCAAGUAUACGAAUUAUACCGAAGUGGCUGAGUUUAUACAGACGUACGAGCAGGGCGUGCUGAAAAAGGGACAAAUCUUUACCAUCUACAACUACUGGUACGCUAAGCAGACGGUGCAGCUGUACCGAUUUUUCGAGAAUGCGAUCGACUGGGAUACGUACUACAAGAACGUGGUCUGGGCGCGUGCCAACCUCAAUGAGGGUAUGUUCCUCAGUGCACUGACCCUUUCCGUGCUGCACCGCAAAGACCUGCAGGGUAUCGUACUGCCGGCCAUUUACGAAAUUCAUCCGCACCUGUUCUUCGACGGCGAUGUGUUCCAAGACGCUACGAAUAAGCGCGCACUUGACCCGAACUACGGGUUCUACGCCAACAAGCGCAACAAUCUGGCACUGGCAAACUACACCGCAUGGUUUGCAACGCAGUUUUACGGCGAAGGAUCGCUGUCCUACUUUACGGAGGAUGUGGGUUUGAACUCCUACUACUACUACUUCAUGAUGGACUACGCGCCAUUCCUGGGUGGUGAUAAGCUCGGCUUAAAGAAUGACCGCAGAGGCGAGCUGUAUCUGUACAUGUAUCAGCAGCUGCUCGCACGGUACUAUCUUGAGCGUAGCUCGAAUGGUUUGGGACCGAUUCAGGAGCUAACCUGGGAGGCACCAAUCAGCACCGGGUACUACUCUAUGCUACGCUACUGGAACGGUGUUCCAUUCCGUUCGCGUGAAGCCAACUUCCUGUGGCGCCCGUACGAUCCGAUCAAGCUGAAUGGACUGAAGGCGUACGAGGAGCGCGUACGGCAAGCGAUCGAUCUUGGGUAUGUGGUAACGCGCGACGGACAGCGGAUCAGCUUACGCCAACCGGAAGCGAUCGAUAUUGUGGGCAAUCUUGUGAGCGGCAGCGUUGAUAGUGUGAAUGUGGACUACUACAAGAUGAUCGAGACGUCGGCACGGAUGAUACUGGCCCAGGGAGACUACUACGGGUCGCCGAGUGAGGUUUGGCCCGGUGUACUAAUGCACUACGAAACGUCGAUGCGUGAUCCCGUGUUCUAUCAAUUCUAUCAGCGACUGUUGGGCUUUUACUCGGACUUUAAAAGCUAUCUACCACCGUACACCGUCGAUGAGCUCCAGUUCAAGGGUGUUGAGAUAAAGGGCGUUUCGGUGGAGAAACUGUUCACCUACUUUGAACCGUUCGAUGUGGAUAUUAGCAAUGGGCUUGGAUUCAACUACGGUGGUGAGCAUUCGACGUGGAACUUUAGCGUGUACGCGAGAAAGCAACGCUUGAACCAUAAACCGUUCAGCUACGUGCUGAACAUUAGCUCCCAGUACGCAGGAAAGGGUGUGGUGCGGAUGUAUAUGGGACCGAAGAUGCACUCCCUCAGCCAGCUCCAGUACAUGAAGAAGUUGUUCGUUGAAAUGGACCAGUAUAUGGUGGAUCUGGUGGUGGGUGAUAAUCAGAUCAAGCGAAAUACGCGCGACUUCUACUACGACAUUCGGGACCGGACUACGUACUCCGAACUGUACAUGCGCAUCAUGAAAGCGUACAAGGGCGAGGAACCGUUCGUGCUCGACAUGUCAGAGGUACACUGCGGUUGGCCCGAUCGGCUGCUGCUGCCCAAGGGUCAACCCAAUGGGUAUCCGUUGAGCUUCUUCUUCAUCGUCACACCUUUCUACACGCCCAAGGUGCCACAGUUUUCGACCUUUGAUGCAACGUACACGUGCGGCACCGGGUCGGGCUCGAAGUACAUCGAUGCACUACCAUUCGGGUUUCCGUUUGAUCGUGAGAUUAACUUUAGCAGUUUUGCUACAAAAAAUAUGCACUUUACUGAUGUGCUGGUGUAUCACGUCGAUGGAAAUCAAACGAACGAAUCACAUUGAAAAAAAAAAAUGUUAGCAAUUUUAUUUAAGGCUAAUAUGUCUUUUUUUAAAUAAAAUUGGAUAAAGAUAAGUAGGGUAAGUGUACCAAUUGUGGCUAUAACGAACACUAUUUUUGCUCUAAAAUAGUCUAUUUGCAUUCUAAAACCACGGAUGGAUUUUUCAUUUCCAAUAUGCACAUUUUAACACUUUUGUACUUCUUUAUUUCCGUUGUUGGCCACUACCGUUUGUAAAAUAUCACUCUUUUAAAAUGUGUUGCCAAGAUGUUUGGCAUCUCUUAUCAUUUUGCUAAGAGUUGCUAUUUAUAAUAAUUUACUGUAGGAAAUUAUUGAUUAUGAGAUAACUAACCAUAGUUUUUUUUCUCAAAAUUAUCAUUUCGAUGUAAAAUGCUAGUUAUGUAAUGACUUCACAUAAAAAAUUACCAUGAUUUCAUAAAAAAUGUGCCUUUUUCCGUACGUCCAUAAUUGGUACAACUGAACAUCGGUGUACCAAAUAUCGCAUUAUACCAUAGAUGCGUAGUUUACAAGUGAACAUAUCCGAUUUCUCGCUGUUAUUUUGGCAAUAUAAUGUGUUAAUAUGUGUUUUAAGCAUCAUUUAUUUGAAAAGUAUUAUAAAAUCAAAUCUAUUCCGGGAAAAUAAUGCAUUCUUGAAUGACUUUCAUACGAAAAAAAAGAAAACUGUAGCUUGCUUCUGUAUAUAUACGAUAUAUAUAGAAACUGUACGUGUGAUGUAUAGGAUUGUCAGGUGAUAUUAAGUGUGUCCAAGCACGGUGUUAUCAGUAAGGUGUAAGAAAGUAAAACUUUAGAAAGGUUUGCCACAUCAAUUGUGCGAUUAAUUAAGCCUGGCUAUCAAUACAACCAAUGAUAGAAAAAUGAUAUUUGAAACUAUUUAUUUUACGUAUCUAAUGGUGUUUACAUACGUAUAUUGGUGCAGUGAAUUUAUUAUUACUUGAUAUGAGUUAAAACAAUGUCAAAAAAUAAUUUUUGGAUCCAUGGAUAAAUAUCCAUGAGUUUUGGCCUACAGCCACAAUUGGUACAGCUAUGGCGAAUUAAUAGGAACACUACUUGGUCCACUUGGUCUCUGAUAUGUAAUUUUCGA